AUGUCAGUCGGCAAGCUUAUGAUUAGGUCACAUCUUCAUCCAUCAGUUUAUCUUAUGAGUCGCCUAUUAUCAACAACACAACAAACGUUUAGAAUGUUGAUCUUUAUAAAUUAUCGCAAAAAUUCUUUACAUCGGACAGUGUCAGUGCCCAAUUACAAUUGGGAUUACGAUUUGCUUGCUGUUAUUAAUAAAUUUAAGAAACAAAAAAAAAGAUUUCUUUUAAACGAUGAUGACUUCAUGUCCAUGAAUGUGGGAAUUGAAAUGACUGCAAGAAUUUGUCUUUAUUACGUAAGGUGGGAAAAUGCUUGA